GGCGUGUUUAUGUAUCUCGUGCAGGACGCUCGUAACGCGCGCGCACGUGAGGCAACUGUGUGAAGAUGUUUUAUUUCUCUUCGUAAGAGCUCGUGAGAUCCGAUCAACAGAGCCCAGCGAGUGUGUGUGCUGUCAGGCUGAAGUGGUGUCGGAUUGUUCUGAUGGCCGUCGUGAUCUUCGCUUUGCUGUUGUUCCUCACUCAAACUCCUCCCAUCGCUCCGCGACCUACCUCUGCCCCGCCCACAAACGCCACACGCCAGCUGCCUGACAUCAUCAUCAUCGGCGUGAGGAAGGGCGGAACACGUGCUCUGAUCGAGAUGUUGAGUCUCCACAGUGCUGUCGUCACCGCUCGGCACGAGGUUCACUUCUUCGACUGGGACAGUCACUACCGGCGCGGUCUGGACUGGUACCGCUCGCAGAUGCCCUACGCACGACCGGGCCAACUGACGGUGGAGAAAACACCCGCGUACUUCACCUCCAAUGGGGUCCCGGAGCGCGUUCUGCAGAUGAACCCGGACGUCAAGCUGCUGCUGAUCGUACGAGAGCCGACGGAGCGUCUGCUUUCGGAUUACACGCAGGUGUCCCACAACCGUCUGGAGAAACACAAACGACAGCAACCGUUGGAGACGCUGCUGCUGCGCGACGGACAGCUGAACCUCAACUAUAAAGCCCUGAACCGCAGUCUGUACCACGUCCACCUGCAGCGCUGGCUCGGCGUGUUCCCUAGAGACCGUUUACACCUGGUGGACGGAGACGCGCUCAUCAGAGAUCCUCUGCCGGAGAUGAAGAAGGUGGAGGAGUUCCUUCAGUUAGACCCGCAGAUCAACGCCUCCAACUUUUACUUCAACAAGACCAAAGGGUUCUUCUGUCUGCGGGACGGCGGUCGAGAGAGGUGUUUGCACAGCUCGAAAGGUCGAGAACACCCUCAAGUGGCGCCUGAAAUCCUCCAGAAACUCUACGAAUACUUUGACGAACCGAACAGGAAGUUCUUCGAGCUGGUCGGAAGGACGUUUGACUGGAAGUAGGAGACGGUUUGAGAUUACACGCAUGUACAGAGCGAAUCAAACCUACUCUGGAAAUAACUGGAAAAUAACGAAUGUACUUGUCAGAAUGAGUUCAAGCUGUUGGUCUGUAAUGUCACACUUCUGAGUGAACUGUGAUGGAAGCUGAUUGUCUUCAUGAGGAAACGAUGAGUUGAUAAAUAUCGAUGAAAGAUUAAAAGGUUUUGCACUGAAGAUUCGUUCACAAGAAGAGAUUUGUGUUCAUGUAGUCAGAUAUAAACACACAUAUGCAUGUGAAAUCAUCUAUUUUUAUACCUUUAAUACAAGCUUAAAAACCUCUCAAUGUUUUUAUAACUGCUGCUAAGUUAUUGAAUGUGUGUGUGUCUUUAUAUCACUCAGAUGUUGUUUUUAAAAUGAAGUAAAC